AUGGCGACAGCGACCAUUACUCUCCAGGUGAAUGGCCAGCAAGGAGCUGGGCCCGAGCCAUCAGCAUCGGGAGACAAGGGGAAAGUUCCAGAAGGCACAGAUCCCAUCAAAAUGGAAAAUGGGCAGCGCGCAGCAGCCAAGCGGAGGCUGCCACCCUUCACAUCUGAACAGCAGGAGGCUCUCCAGAAGGCCAAGAAGUACGCCAUGGAGCAGAGCGUCAAGAGCGUGUUGGCAAAGCAAACCAUCGCCCACCCGCAGCAGCUGCUCACCAACCUCCAGACGCCAGCAGUGACAAUGGACUUUGGAGAUAUUCUCUCACCUUUGCAAUCGAUGGCAGCUCAGAGGCAGAGGGCACUGGCAACCAUGUGUCGGGUGUAUGUGGGCUCCAUCUGCUAUGAGUUGGGAAAAGACGCCAUCCACCAGGCCUUUGCCCCAUUCGGCCCUAUCAAGAACAUAGACAUGUCCUGGGACUCAGUCACCAUGAAACACAAGGGUUUUGCCUUUGUGGAAUAUGAGGUGCCAGAGGCAGCCCAGCUGGCCUUGGAGCAGAUGAACUCUGUGAUGCUAGGAGGAAGGAAUAUUAAGGUGGGUAGACCCAGUAACAUCAAACAGGCCCAGCCCAUCAUUGACCAGUUGGCUGAAGAAGCCAGAGCCUUUAACCGCCUCUACGUGGCCUCGGUGCACCAGGACAUCUCAGAUGAUGACAUCAAGUGUGUGUUUGAGGCAUUCGGCAAGAUCAAGUCAUGUACUUUGGCCCAGGACCCGACCACAGGCAAACACAAGGGCUAUGGUUUCAUGGAAUAUGAAAAGGCUAAGUCAUUUCAGGAUGCCGUCUCAUCCAUGAAUCUCUUUGACCUGGGGGGCCAGUACCUUCGGGUAGGCAAGGCGGUCACACCACCCAUGCCCCUGCUUACACCUGACGCCCCUGGGGGCUUACCACCUGCGACUGCUAUAGCAGCCGCUGCUGCCACAGCCAAGAUCACUGCUCAGGAAGCAGUGGCUGGGGCAGCUGUGCUGGGCACUCUAGCCAUACCCGAGCUGGUACCACCAGUGCUGACCCUGGCCCAGCCACUAGGGGCGCUACCACAAGCUGUCAUGGUGGCUCAGGCCCUCGGAGUCAUCACAGGUGUGAGUCCCACAAGACCCCCCAUCCCCGUCACCAUUCCUCCUGUGGGGGUGGUGAACCCCGUCCUGGCUAGCCCUCCGACACCAGGCCCCUUGGAGCCCAAGAAGAAGGAGGAAAAGGAAUUGUUUCCUGAGUCAGAGCAACCAGAGAUGCUAAGUGAGCAGGAGCACAUGAGCAUUUCAGGCAGUGCUGCCCGCCACAUGGUCAUGCAGAAACUGCUGAGGAAGCAGGAGUCCGCCGUGAUGGUUCUACGCAACAUGGUAGAUCCCAAAGACAUUGAUGAUGACCUGGAUGAAGAAGUGACAGAGGAAUGUGGCAAGUUUGGGGCUGUCAACCGUGUCAUCAUCUACCAGGAAAAGCAGGGUGAGGAGGACGACGCCGAAAUUAUAGUCAAGAUCUUUGUGGAGUUCUCCGCGGCCUCAGAGACGCACAAGGCUAUUCAGGCCCUCAAUGGGCGUUGGUUUGCUGGCCGAAAGGUGGUGGCUGAGGCCUAUGACCAAGAGCGCUUUGACAAUAGUGACCUGUCUGCGUGA